AUGAGACACGAGGCGCCCAUGCAGAUGGCCUCUGCACAAGAUGCCAGGUUUGGCCAGAAGGACUCCUCUUCUGACCAGAACUUCGACUACAUGUUCAAGUUGCUGAUCAUUGGCAAUAGCAGCGUGGGAAAAACAUCUUUCCUGUUCCGCUACGCGGACGACUCCUUUACCUCUGCGUUUGUCAGCACGGUUGGCAUCGAUUUCAAAGUCAAAACUGUUUUCAAAAAUGAAAAGAGAAUCAAGCUUCAGAUUUGGGACACAGCAGGCCAGGAAAGAUACAGGACCAUCACCACAGCCUAUUAUCGAGGGGCCAUGGGCUUCAUUUUAAUGUAUGACAUCACAAACGAAGAAUCCUUCAAUGCCGUACAAGACUGGUCAACUCAGAUCAAAACAUACUCAUGGGAUAAUGCACAGGUUAUCCUGGUUGGAAACAAAUGUGACAUGGAAGAUGAACGGAUCAUCUCCACUGAGAGAGGCCAGCAUUUAGGAGAACAGCUUGGGUUUGAGUUUUUUGAAACCAGCGCCAAGGAUAACGUGAACGUGAAGCAAACCUUCGAGCGCCUUGUGGACAUCAUCUGUGACAAAAUGUCCGAGAGCAUGGAGACCGACCCAGCCGUCACCGCCGCGAAGCAGAGCACGCGACUCAAGGAAACGCCUCCCCCGCCACAGCCCAACUGCGGCUGCUAAUGUCUCCCACACGGGAGCUCCGAGUGGCUCCAGGGCGGCCAAGAAAUAGCAUUUAUAAAUGGUCUAGUAGCCUCCACUUAUACUGCCUAACGAUUAUUUGAAGGAAGUCUUUGAUGUCAGUGGCCCAUAUAUGCAUUCAAACCUUGAGCAAUUCUCCCGUGUUAGUACGUGGCAAACUCGACCUUACGUUUGUAAAGGUCGUUCAUCUUAUAAACACCUGGUACCUGC